AUGGAUUUGGACAAUAAGAUUUUCGCCUACCGCUUCCUCGCCUAUACAACUCUGGCGUUUUCCGCUGUUGCUAUACUUUCCAUAUGUGUCACUCUGCCGAUGGUCUACGAGUAUGCCAAUCGCAUUAAGCAUCAAAUUAACAACGAAGCAGGAUACUGCAAGGUAUGUGACAUCAUAAAUAACGUCUUCUUAUUUGUAAUUCUUAAAUUGUAUGUUAAGACUUCUGCUUCUGACAUUUGGUCCGAAAUACACUCCAUGAAGAAGAUCAACCAUACUCGUGAGGCAAGGCAGGCUGGAUAC